GAUCGGGCGAAAGCUAAUUGAGCUCGCAAUAAUGUUUCGAGCGGCAGUUUUACUAUAUUCUGUGCUAAUAUUUAACAAUAGUCCAUUUCAAUGUCUUGGAGGUACUUUGGAAGAUGUGUCGUUGCUCUCCAAUGGAACGCUGCAGAACGAAAGCGUCAGCAGUGAAGUCUUCCUAAUGCGAAUAGCUGUGCAGCGUCUGAGAUUGGAACAAGAGCGACAAAGCAAAGUACUUAAUGAGCUUAUGGAGGAGCGUGAUAUUUAUAUUCCGGUCGAGAAGUACUGUGACCAAGUUGCGAAGCCGCAAAUGUACUUCAGCAGCUGUGCCGAGGCUACGGCCAACUCGCGUCGCAGUGGCAUCUAUCAGUUACACUUUCCGUGCCAUAACAUGCAACCAUUUAUGGUGGCCUGCGACGAGGAGACGCAGGGCGGUGCCUGGACCAUCAUACAGAAGCGACUCGACGGCAGUAUUGAUUUCUAUCGUGGUUGGAAUGACUACAAGAAUGGAUUCGGGCAUGUGGAUGGCGAGUAUUUUAUAGGCUUGGACAGAUUGCAUGUCUUGACUGCUGGUCUGCCCCAGGAACUUCUAAUUCUCAUGGAGGACUUUGAAGGCGAGCGAAAGCAUGCGAAAUAUGAGGGCUUUGCUAUUGGCAGCGAAAAUCAGAAUUAUGCACUUAAUGUUUUGGGAAAAUACUCUGGCAAUGCGGGCGACUCUUUAAGUCCGCAAAAAAACGCAAACUUCACAACACAUGACCAGGACAACGAUUCCUACGAGAAGAACUGUGCCGUUCUAUACACAGGAGCUUGGUGGUAUACCAAGUGCCAUUCGAGCAAUUUAAACGGACAAUACUUGCAUGGCGCCUACAAUCAGAGCCUUUAUGCAAAAGGUGUAGUUUGGAAAUCAUUUCGAGGACACAAUUACUCAUUAAAAUUAGUUCAAAUGAUGAUAAGACCGAAAAGGUCAUAAAGGUUAGCGUUGUUAUCAUGGACCAAGCAUUUGAGUGAUGGAUUAAAAUGUAAAUUUAUUUAUAAAUAAAUGUAAACAUUUUUGAAUACACAA